UCUAAUAAUUCUAAUAAUUAUACUAAAAUUUGUUUGAGAUAGAAACUAAUUUAAGUUAUAAAAUAUAUGUGCAAUGGCUGCUUGGGGUAAUAUUUGUCGCGUAUGCUCGUCACCGGCUGAUCAUGAAAUAUUUGCAAAGAUUCCAACGUUCUUACAUGCUAAUUGUAAUGAAUUCUUAAAGUGGCAGAAACCAAUCAAUGAACUAAUUGAAGAGACGACGGGAAUAAAGAUUGCUCCCGACGAUGGUUUACCAAAAAAUAUUUGCGAAUUAUGCGUUUCUUAUUUGAAGCAUGCUGUGAAUUUUAGAGAACAGUGUAUAAAUAAUGCGCUCAGUUUUAAUUUGGUAUUGAAAUAUAAAAAACUUCAAAGGACUGAGAGUGAAACAAAAGAAAGCGAUAAGGAUAGUUAUUUAAUUAGCGAACAAGAUUUAGACUAUUCAUCGCAACGCGAGUUAGAAAUGGUUAACUUUUUAUCAAAUAACACUUUUCAAGAACAAAACAAGGUGAAUAAAGCCAUGUUUGAUCAAACAAUGCCUUCCAAUUUUUGCCAACAACUGGAUUACUUGAAUACUCUAUUCGAUAAGAAAUGCGGCAGCCGAAGAAAAUCAAAUUAUCCAAAACUGUCAAGUAAAACUAAUGCAACACGCGAACGAAACGAUUUCCAUACCGCAAGUUCCAGUGACGAAGCAGAAGAUGGCACUGCUGUACCAAUGCCAACGAAAGUGGAUAUUUUCUCGUAUAAGGAAAAAAGUUUCAUUGAAGAUGAUGUGCUAAAUAUAUUAGAGGUUCAACAAUCUGUUGCCAUAAACGUACCAGAUAAUAGUCAGGAGCGAAAAUGUAAAGCAUGCUUAAGACGCUUUAUGUUUAACGAAUCGUUUGAGCAGCAUAAAAACGAAUGUAUCGAACUCAGAUUAGUCAAAUUUAUUGAGGAAGUCAAUAAUCUAAACUCUUCGGUGCGUAUGGAUAUAUCACCCCACGAGUUCAUAAGACGCAUGAUAUUUGCUUUGCGUAAAAUAUGCGAAUGGUUAAUGUCGUAUCACAGCGAUAUAACGUUACCUGAUUUACCUCAAUACACUCAAGUACGACAAACAAGUACGGAAAGUCAAACAGAUCAAACAGAUAGUGACAGUAAAAAGGAUUCCAGUCUAAAAGGUAUAUCUCCCAUAUUAGAGCCUAUAAACACUUCUACUAAGAGAAGUGUGUUUAAUAGCAGUCAAAACAUAUUAUGCGAAAUUGAACGUUGCGAAAGUCAAAAUUCUCAAAAGUCUGCUUUAGCCAGUAAUUCAUCAGAAUGUCCAGCUAACGUACCGCAAAAACUAUCAUAUGCAGAAUGCAGAACCUUAAAGGACCGGAACCGGGACCGCGACCGGACUUUAACAAAUUUAUUAAAAGAUGAUAUAUCGUCCAAACUACCACGAAUCAACCCAUUUAAAUUGAAUUGCACUGCCCGUUGCCAACCAUGCGGCCUAGCAUUCGAAACUUUGGUUGCUUUCGAAGUGCAUAACGCGUUGCAUCAUAAUUAUAGCAAAUAGACUAGAAAAUUAACGGUAAAACAUAAUAAUUUUUACAAAAUAUUUUUUGUAUUUAAUUAUUAAAUAAGUGUAUGACAAUCAGAAAUAUUUAGUGAGCAAAAGGAUAGAAUUGAAUUCACUUAUGCUUGUAAAACAGCGCAGAUAAUUUUUGCAAUCCUGCGUCCGGCAAUCCGGCAUUAUUUUAAUAUAAUUGCCUUGAUUUAUGAACAGAUAGGGGCGAAAAUCUAGACUAGUUUAUUAAUAUUCACUUCGCCAACUUCGGCACCUAUCAACGUAGGCAGAAUUUUUUGCAUAAUAACUGGUGGAAACGUAGGGAAACACGCAUUGUUAAGCAGUUAAUAACAAGCGGAAAAGAAACAACUGUUCUUAAUUUUGUACAAUUUAUUACAUACUGUUUCCAUCUCUUUGUGACGCAUUU